GGAGCGGGAGCUAAUAAAGUGUGCCGGUGUGUUGGUGUGCCUGAACCCCGGGGAGAGUAGCCACAGUCUGGAUAGUCUGUGUUCUCUGACUGUUGGUGUCAGACAGACCAUUUUUUAACAUCCAGGUGUUAAAGUUUGUGGCUGACUGGCCCUUCAGUGUGCAGGUUGACUCAGACCAGAGACAGCGAGGAUGGGUGGUGGAGGCCAGCUCACAGAGCCAGGUGAGCCAGGCAGCGGGCGAGGUGGCAGUAAGUACACCUGGGAGGAGGUGCAGAGCCACUGCAGCAGGAAUGACCAGUGGCUGGUUAUCAAUCGGAAGGUUUAUAACAUCACACACUGGGCCAAGAGGCACCCAGGGGGCUUUCGUGUCAUCAGCCACUAUGCUGGAGAGGAUGCCACGGAUGCGUUUGCUGCUUUUCACCCGGAUCCAAAGUUUGUUCAAAAGUUUCUGAAGCCCCUGCUGAUCGGAGAGCUGGCAGCAACAGAGCCCAGCCAGGACCGAAACAAAAAUGCUGCCAUCAUAAAGGAUUUCCAAACUUUACGUGCUAACGCAGAGAGAGAGGGUCUGUUUCAAGCUCGGCCUUUGUUCUUCUACUUCCACCUGGGUCACAUCUUGCUGCUGGAGGCCCUCGCCUGGCUGAUAGUGUGGCUCUGGGGGACGAGCUGGACACUGACGCUGCUGUGCUCCGUCAUUUUGGCCACUGCUCAGGCGCAGGCCGGAUGGCUGCAACAUGACUUCGGUCACCUGUCUGUAUUCAAAAAGUCUAGCUGGAAUCACUUUCUGCACAAGUUUGUCAUCGGCCAUUUAAAGGGAGCUUCUGGCAACUGGUGGAAUCAUCGACAUUUCCAGCAUCAUGCGAAACCCAACGUCUUCAGUAAAGACCCUGAUGUCAACAUGCUACACGUCUUUGUAGUUGGAGCCACUCAACCAGUAGAGUACGGUGUAAAAAAGAUAAAGCACAUGCCCUAUCAUCGCCAGCACCAGUACUUCUUUCUCCUCGGACCACCGCUGCUCAUUCCAGUUUAUUUCCACAUUCAGAUAAUGCGCUGCAUGAUCUCCCGCCACGACUGGGUGGAUCUGGCUUGGUCCAUGUCCUACUACCUUCGUUACCUCUGCUUUUAUUUACCGCUAUACGGCCUGUUUGGAUCAAUGGCGCUCAUCAGCUUCGUCAGGUUUCUGGAGAGUCACUGGUUCGUGUGGGUGACUCAAAUGAAUCAUCUGCCGAUGGAUAUAGACCACGAGAAGCACCAGGACUGGCUGAGCAUGCAGUUACAUGCCACCUGCAAUAUUGAGCAGUCCCACUUCAACGACUGGUUCAGCGGGCACCUCAACUUCCAAAUUGAACACCAUCUGUUUCCUACGAUGCCGCGCCACAACUACCACCAGGUGGCCCCUCUGGUCCGUGCACUGUGUGAGAAACAUGGGAUUCCUUACCAUGUUAAGACAAUGUGCCAAGGCGUCGUUGAUGUUGUCAGGUCACUGAAAAACUCAGGGGACCUCUGGCUUGAUGCAUAUCUUCAUAAAUGAUCAGCUGAUUUUACUGCUUAAACUGUACAUAAAAGGAGUGAAGUCUUUGUCCUCCUCUGCAUCAUGAAUUGAUCGUAUUGGUUUGGUUUUAUAUUACAGUUUACAGUGUGGGAAUGAUCUUCUUAUCGUUAGUGUUAUAGUUCAGUCUUUUCAGAUUCUGUGCAGGAUUUUUACAGUGCUGACAGGAUUUUUCUAAAUCGCCUUACAGUAUAUUAAACAACAGUAGAAUGGUGUUAUAAAUACAAUCGUGAAAACUGUGAGUUCUUAAAAGCUUUCUUUUCUAUCAUGUGAUACAGUUUGAACAUAAAACAUGGAAGUUACGCAACUGAAGGUUCAUACGUUCUGCUCUCGUAAUUUUCUCUUAUCGAGCUUUGAAAACUUUUGUCUUCAGCGUUAACUCUUGUUCUGAUACAAUAAAGAAUCUGUGUUGACUGUU